AUGCCGAAUAAGCUGAAACUUAAACGCACACCUGAAGAAGAAGAACAAGGCAGAUUACGAAAAGAAAGGCGCAGAGAAAAAAGGAAGCGAAAGCAUGACCAUUAUUCUGCACAUGGAUCCUCUUCCUCCAAGAAAGCCCAUAUAGAUAAGGAUGAAGAUGGGCCAUCGCGCAGGUGGGCAUCAAGUGACGAAGAUGACUCUGAAUCUGGUCCUCAGCCCACUGCUUCGUCUUCCCACAUUCCACCGAGUCAAUCGUAUUCUCACAAACCUGAUCAUGAUGCAAUCAAAGCACAGAUUGAAGAAGAUAUGUUUCGCGACAAGAUGUUUGAGGCUAUGGGAGAAGAUGAAAGGCUGGAUUCGGUGGAAGCGCAGUUCAACGACUUCGCUCAUGUUCCAGAUCGGUGGAGGACGGCACGUUCGAAGGCACAAUCUCGCGGCGAUAUACUGGAAGAUAGUGAUUUUUUCAAACUAGAUCCUAGACAUAUGGAUGACGAGGAGUACACUGAAUGGAUAAGAGCAGGAAUGUAUCGAAAGACACAUGCGGCGGAGUAUGCUGAGCAUGAACGCAGGAAAGCCGCGCAAGCUGCCCGUAGAGCUGCGGAGAAAGCACGUAAAGCGGAAACUGUUCGGCUUGAACAAAUGGCGGAAGAGGAGCGAAAGAGAAAGAAGAAGGAACGAGAAUCCCGCAAACUAGACGACGCACGAGAAUUGUACCAUUCAAGAUGGCUAACACUUUUGACAACUCCAGGAGAGAGUGAUACAGGACAGUCGAAUGUUCAAGUGCUGACUUUCGACGAUAUACCAUGGCCAAUUGCGAGUGCAAACCGGAGCAGAGCCGACACAACGCGUCCUAACAGACAAAUCGGUGUCAGCGAUCUGACGACCGAAGCUGUUGCAUCAUUUUUAUUGCCGAACUCCGGUGCCAACGACACACCAAACAAAGAACUUGGAACAAGGUUGAGGAAGGAAAGGAAAGACAAACUACGGGAGACCUUUCUCCGUUUUCACCCAGAUAAAUUUGAGGGUCGAUUCAUCUGGCGGUUUAGAGAAGAGGACAGAGAACGAGUUAGGGAAGCAAUUGGGCAAGUUAGUAGGGUGCUUAACGAACUUAUGGUGAAUGGGAUUUGA